AUGACCCGUGAGUGUUUCCUCAGCUCCCCCGGUAUUGGCGGCGCUAACUGUACUGUUCACAAAGCCCGGCGUUGUCUACGGCUGAUCGCCAGCGGUGUAUCAACUCUUUUGCCGCCGUUUAACUUUCUCUCCCUCCACUAUACGUACUUUAUCGUUGUUUCGUUGAUCAGUAGCUUGAUCUUCUGGGGGGCCUCGAAUCCUCCACGGAGCGUUUCGUAUACCGAUGCCUUGUUUAUGUGCGUCAGUGCCAUGACAGGCACUGGACUAAAUAGCGUCGAGGCGUCGACAUUAACCACGUUUCAGCAAGUGAUUAUGUUUGUGCUUCUCAUGCUCGGUCAUGCCAUCCUUAUUUCAAUCACUGUCCUUCACGUUCGGAAAAGAGCAUUCCAGCAUAAAUUCAAAGGGAUAUCUCAUGCUCUUGCGCAGAGGACUGCUCAGGAAGCACCGGCGCCUAACCGAAACGAGGACAAGAGCUAUCCAGCGGCAGAUAAUGUUCCUAUGGAGCCUCCAACUAUUUCUUCUGCUGAAAUCAACGUUCAUUUCACAAAUACUGGCGCCCAGGGCGUCUCGCAUGAUCAACCACGCAAGGCCAUGGUUGACCAGCCAUCAAAUCUGAAAAGUGAAAAUGAAAGACACAGAGAUAACUACCAGCCAAUAAACAAAGCCCAACUGCUCCAGUUGGGCAUAUGGCGAGGCACCCAGAAAUACUUCGAGUCCAAAGGACUCAUCUCGCGGAAUUCUCAGUUUCACGGACUGACGCUGGAAGAGAGAGACCGACUUCUAGGGGUCGAGUACAAGGCUGUCUCGUUCUUAUCAGUAAUUGUACCUUUGUACUGGGUAUUGUUCUUGUGCUGCGGUAUUCUGGGCAUGGGGAUAUGGCUAGAGGUCAAUAAACCGCAAGUUCCUCGAGAUAAUGGUCUGUCGCCUUUCUGGACCGGAGCAUUCUUCGCGGUAUCUGCAUUUGUGAAUAGCGGUAUGGGCAUUUUGGAUGCGAAUAUGACGGCUUUACAGACGGAUGCCUACCCCCUCAUCACCAUGGGACUUCUGAUCCUCGCCGGGAACACCCUUUAUCCCUGUUUUUUGCGCUUGAUCAUUUGGUCUGUGAGACGGAUGCUGCCGGAUCAACAGGCAUGGAAAACUUGGAGAAGUACUUUAGAUUUUAUUCUAGACCAUCCUCGAAGAGUCUAUACGAACCUUUUUCCGGCUCGCCACACAUGGUACUUACUAGCAACAGUUGUCAUAUUCAAUGGAAUUGACUGGGCUGGAUUUGAGGUCCUUUCAAUCGGGAAUAAAGAGAUUGAGGGAUUGCCAACAGCAUACCGUAUAAUGGAUGGCCUGUUUCAAGCAUUAGCUGUCCGAGCUGGAGGAUUCUCAGUCGUCACCAUUUCCGACUUGCGUCAAGGGUUGCUGGUCUUAUAUGUCGUACUAUUAGUUUCAGCUGGACCUGCCGUUCUAAUAGCACGCAGGCACACAAACGUCUACGAAGAACGCUCUCUUGGUAUCUAUGCCGAGGAUGAAACCCUCUACGGUCACGACAAGCGCCCCCCAAACACGGUCACCAAUUUUCUGCGCCGUCACCUCUUCCUCAACAAGGAAGGCACCCGGAGGCAUUUCCUCCGCGAACAAUUAAAAGACCAGCUCAGCCACGACCUUUGGUGGAUCGCGCUUGCCGUCUUCUUAAUCUCUAUCAUGGAGUCCAGCAACUACACCAAAGAUCCCGUAGGAUAUUCGACCUUCAACAUUCUCUUCGAAGUCAUCUCUGCCUAUGGCUGCGUCGGCAUUAGCACCGGCUACCCUGGCCGGGAUCUGUCAUUCUGUGGAGUAUGGCAUUCGCUUAGCAAGCUUAUCUUAGCAGCGGUUGCGCUUAGGGGGAGACAUCGAGGGCUGCCGGUUGCUAUUGAUAAUGCGAUUAUGCUGCCAAGUGAGUCAAACGCCCAGGCGUGGGCUGAAGAGGAGAAUGUGGUUUCGGGAAGAGAGCAUCAGCAGGUUGGACAUCUUGGGCCUGGAAUUGUUUGA